GCUUCAGGUUGCUUCACAUUAUGGCUGGUGUUGUGGCUAUGGCAUCUGUCAUUGAGGACUUUGACACUCAGCCUUGCAAGAAAUCUCGCAAAGAUGGUGGCAGUCCUGUUGUCAAGACAAUCACAAACUAUUUCUCACCUGUGCCCAAGCCUGUGGAGAAACCCUUUUCACCUCCUCGCUCCAACAACAUCAUGGACUACUUUAGCCGGAAGGCUCCAUCCUCCAAAGAGAAGACCAGCUCACCUGAACAGUCGAAAGAGAACCAUCAGACGUCUCAGCUUUCAGAAAAACACACCAGCCCAGAGGCAGCGGUGAAACAGCCUCCUCAGAGACGGAGUAGAAAGGCCAGCAAAGCUGCAAGAAAACUUGUGGAGGCUGAAGCCGUUAGCUCCACAGAGGAGUCGAGCUGUGUGAUUGUAAAGGAACUUGCAGAAGCAAACAGCAGCUGUGGUGUUUUUGGCAGUGAUACAGCAGCCCUGAUGGCCCAGCUCAGUGCUGAGGAAAAAUCAGAGAGGAAUGCAACUAAAACUGUCGAUGAUGAUCAGGUUAAAGAAGAUGAAGAUGGUUCCAAAUUUAAGAACAACGUCAAACUUAAUCCAGAACUGAACACUAUUGAAUUAUCUCCAAUUGUCGCUUCAAAAGAUAAAGCAAAACAAGUCAAAGCCGCAGCGCGAAAUUCUAGGAAGGCAAAGCAGUCAGAAUCGGAGGAGAAGGAAAAAGAGAGCUCCUUGUGUGAUGUUAGUAUGGAGGUCAAUGUGGAUGAGACCUCUCAGUUAAACAACAGCACGGUAACAAUCUCCUUUGAGGAUUUUGUGCGGAGUCAGGGCGGAGGUGAAGAGGACAUGGAAGACGCACAGGACAAAGAGGAUGAAAGUAAAAUCACAUCAGAGGCAGAAGAAAUGGACACUGACCAGUUGGACAUCUCAAAAGCUGAAGAAAAGGUUGGAGAGUCACCUUUCCAAGUCUCACCCCGAACUGUCACCAUCCAGGCUGAAGUACAUGUAGUCUCACCCAAACAGGACAAAACCAACGCAGGGCAAAAGUUGGCCUCCAUCUUCAACAGAAGAAAAGGGGCAACGAGCCCUGCAGAGGUGGUAUCGUCUCCUCAUACAGAGACCACACACCAACCCCCGUCUGCCUCUCUGACUGUCAAGCGUAAAUCCAACGUGGUUCUUCAAGAGGAAGAUCUAGAGCUGGCCGUGCUGGAGAGUGAAUCCACGCCCAAGUGCAGUGAGGCAGAGAGGAAGCAGUUCAUGGCCGCCUUCAAACAGCCCAGCCUGGACGGGCCCAAAACCAAACCUGGUAAGAGCCAGGGCAAGAAGCAGCAAGGAGAGAAGGCUUUGGACGAUGCAGACAAAGUUGCAGAAGAAGACGCUGCAAAUCCAGCCUCUGUUGAGCAGGUCCCUGCAGUCUCUCAGGAAAACAAAGCAGCCAACAAGAAACCAGCAAGAAAAGCCAAAAAGAAACCAAUAGAACAAACGGAGGCAGUCACCAGCUCACCCGCCGCUGCUCCUGUGGAAGAAACGGCGGCCACAGUAAUCGAGAUAGAUGAUAAAACAGAAGAGCCUCCCAUCACUUCAACUCCCUCCGUCCCAGCAGUGAGGAGGUCCAGACGAGAGGCUGUAGUCAGGCAAGCACCUGAGUCCACCCCAACAACUCCAGUCAGGAAAACCAGGAAACACAACCAGUCAAAGGAUGCUGCCGCCGCUUUACCCAGUGACAGCCCCGCAAAGGUGUCCACCCCAAAGACGCGAAAGUCCAAGCGUGGCGUCUUUGUAGCAGAGAUAGUGUGCCCACCGGACUCAAAAGAAAGUCCAAUCAGGUAA